AUGGAGAUGACCCUUUCUUCCUCUUCUGCGUUCUCUCUUCCUUCUACACCUUCCAAUCCUCGUUCCUCGUUCCCUUUGUCAUCGUUCAAAACCUCACCUUUCUCCAAAUGUCGCAUCAGGGCUUCCCUUGCCGUUGAGCAACAAACCCAGCAGAAUAAGACCGCUCUUAUCAGAAUUGGUACCAGAGGAAGUCCGCUAGCUUUGGCGCAAGCGCACGAGACAAGAGACAAACUCAUGGCAUCACAUACGGAGUUAGCUGAAGAAGGAGCUAUUCAAAUUGUGAUUAUUAAAACAACUGGUGACAAAAUACUAUCGCAACCACUUGCAGACAUAGGUGGGAAGGGAUUGUUCACAAAAGAAAUAGAUGAAGCGCUUAUAAAUGGGGACAUUGACAUUGCUGUUCAUUCAAUGAAAGAUGUUCCUACAUACUUACCAGAGAAGACUAUUUUACCGUGUAACCUUCCACGAGAGGAUGUUAGAGAUGCAUUUAUAUCAUUGAGUGCGGCUUCACUAGCUGAUCUACCGGCUGGAAGUGUUAUUGGUACUGCUUCACUUAGACGAAAGUCACAAAUCCUUCACAGAUAUCCAUCUCUAACCGUGCAAGAUAAUUUCCGUGGCAAUGUCCAAACAAGGCUUAGAAAACUCAGUGAAGGGGUUGUCAAAGCUACCUUAUUGGCUUUGGCUGGACUGAAACGAUUAAAUAUGACAGAAAAUGUAACUUCAACCCUAUCAAUUGAUGAUAUGCUUCCAGCUGUUGCCCAAGGUGCAAUUGGAAUAGCCUGUAGGAGUAACGAUGAUAAAAUGGCAGAAUAUCUUGCUUCGCUGAAUCAUGAAGAAACACGACUAGCAAUUUCCUGUGAAAGAGCCUUCCUUACAACUUUGGAUGGGUCGUGCCGAACCCCUAUUGCAGGGUAUGCUAGCAGAGACAAGGAUGGCAAUUGCUUGUUUAGAGGAUUAGUUGCUUCCCCUGAUGGAACCCGUGUGCUUGAAACAUCUAGAAUUAGUCCUUAUACUUAUGAAGAUAUGAUGAAGAUUGGUAAGGAUGCCGGUGAGGAGAUUCUUUCUCGAGCUGGACCUGACUUUUUUAAAAGUUAA